AUGCCUCGCCUCUCCUCCACCACGCCCAUGUCGCCACUCCGCCUCCGCGCCCGCCACUCCUCCUCCACCUCUCAUCCCUCACGCAUCUGGGAUCCCCACACCGCCUUCGCCACCGCCACGGAGCGUGCGCGUUCAGGCAACCUCACCCCGGAGGACGCACACCACCUGUUCGACGAAUUGCUGCGGCAGGCCAAUCCUGUCCAGGAGCGCCCCCUCAACAACCUUCUUGCCGCCCUCGCCCGCGCUCCGGCGUCCGCGGCGUGCAGCGAUGGCCCUGCACUCGCAGUCAACCUCUUCAGCCGCAUAUCCCAAGGCGCCCGCCGACGUGUGGCGCACCCAACGGCCUGCACCUACGGCAUCCUCAUGGACUGCUGCUGCCGCGCAAACCGCCAGGAUCUGGCGCUCGCCUUCUUCGCCCGUCUCCUCAGGACGGGACUCAAGGCAGGCGUCAUAGAAGUCAGCACUCUUCUCAAGGGACUCUGCCGCGCAAAGCGGGCUGAUGAGGCUCUGGACAUUCUGCUUCACAGGAUGCCUGAGCUAGGCUGCACCCCCAACGUGGUGGCAUAUAACACGGUCAUCCAUGGCUUCUUUAGGGAAGGCCAAGUAGGCAAGGCGUGCAAUCUAUUCCAUGAAAUGAGGCAGCAGGGCGUUACACCUGAUGUUGUGACAUAUAACUCGGUUAUUGAUGCGUUGUGCAAGGCCAAAGCAAUGGACAAGGCAGAGUAUUUCCUUGGUCAGAUGGUUGAUGAUGGUGUCGUAUCUGAUAAUGUGACAUAUAAUAGCCUCAUCCAUGGAUAUUCCUCUUCAGGCCACUGGAAGGAGGCUGUUAGGGUAUUCAAAGAGAUGACAAGUCGGAGGGUUACACCAGAUUUGCAUACUUACAACAUGUUUAUGACCUUUCUUUGCAACCAUGGAAGAAGCAAAGAAGCUGCAGGAAUUUUUGAUUCCAUGGCUAUGAAGGGCCUGAAACCUGACAACGUUUCAUAUGCUAUUCGCCUUCAUGGGUAUGCCACCGAAGGAUGCUUAGUUGAUAUGAUUAAUCUCUUCAAUUCAAUGGAAAGAGACUGCAUUCUUCCUGACUGUCGUAUCUUCAGCAUACUGAUUUAUGCAUAUGCUAAAUCUGGGGAGCUUGAUAAGGCUAUGCUUAUCUUCAAUGAAAUGCAGAAACAAGGAGUGAGUCCAAAUGCAGUCACAUAUUCAACCGUAAUAGAUGCAUUUUGCAAAAAGGGUCAGUUGGACGAUGCUAUGAUAAAGUUUAAUCAGAUGAUUGAUACAGGAGUACGACAGGGCACAGCUGUUUAUCGUUCCCUAAUCCAGGGAUUUUGUACACACGGCGAUUUGGUGAAAGCAAAGGAAUUGCUUACUGAAAUGAUGAACAAAGGUAUACCUCCUCCUGAUAUUAAGUUCUUCCAUUCAAUCAUGCAGAACCUAUGCACAGAAGGAAGGGUAAUAGAAGCACGGGAUAUCCUUGGCUUGAUAGCACACAUAGGUAUGAGGCCUAAUGUUUGCACAUUUAAUAUACUGAUUGGUGGAUACUGCCUAGUCCGCAAGAUGGCAGAUGCAUCGAAAGUAUUUGAUGAUAUGGUGUCAUAUGGUUUAGAACCUUGUAACUUUACGUAUGGUAUACUUAUUAAUGGCUAUUGCAAAAAUAGAAGGAUUGAUGACGGGCUUAUUCUGUUCAAAGAGAUGCUGCACAAGGGACUUAAACCUACAACUGUUAAUUAUAACGUCAUACUGGAUGGAUUAUUUCUGGCUGGACAAACUGUUGCUGCAAAAGAGAAGUUUGAUGAGAUGGUUGAAUCUGGAGUAAGUGUGUGCAUUGAUACAUACUCUAUAGUUCUUGGUGGACUUUGUAGAAAUAGCUGCAGUAGCUAA